GCGAAAAUUCUAUUUGCAUCACAACUAACCGAUCCGCCAUGUUGCGUCUGUUGUGAACUAAACGUUAAACUAGAAGAACCAAGAUUACAAAUGGAUUUAGUCUUCUAAAUCUUCCUAAAUGGCAUUCACAACACAAAGACCUUAUAUUCUGCAGAUUGUGUUCUUGAUUGACGAAAAUUCGGCUUGUUUGGAAGAUGAAACCCAGCUAAAUAAAUCAUCGAAUUCAGUUCGUUUGUGCGUUCUUCAGAUUCUAACGUAUCUUCAUCAACAACAAUCGGAGCAUUCACGAAAAUUUAAAUGGGGAUUUAAAUUCUACAACUCAAGAUCUUUAAAGCAAAGAUACGAGAGACAUAAUUUUAACGAUUUUUGUGUUUCUAGCUUUGAGGAGUUCGAGAACGAUGUUUGUUAUCGUUUCGAAGAGGUGUUCAGAAAAAAAGACAAAGUCACACAUUACGAGAAAGACGAUUACGAAGCAGAAGAAAAAGCAUCUACUGUGAAAACAACAGCGGCUAAGUGUCUUGCCUGUGCCUUGACCGAUCUAGUUCAUGAUUUCCAAUGGGAGAACACAGAUAUUUUGUCACCAAUUAAGGGUAGUCGAAACGUAGAUGUACACACUAAAUCAACCAGAAAUGUUGUGUUUAUAAUCUCGUCUUGUCCUUCGUCUAAAGAGGACUUAGUUGAAUUUUGUGGAAAUGAGAUUCGAAGAUGCGAGGAUUUUGUGAGCUGUGUGAUGUCCUCGGCUCUUCUGAGGGAAUUUAGCAAUGUAUACAAGAUUGCUUUAAACUGGAUUGAUUCAAGGUUGGGAGUUGUUGCAAGCGAGAUUGAGCCUAGAAAUAUUAUCAUUGACUUCUUGAAGCUUCUCCAUGGUCGCCUUAUUCCCCUGUCUGCACUAGUUGGCCAGAAUUGGGCCACUUCAGAACCAGCCGGAUCUGCAUGUGGAGCCGACUCUAAAGCAUGCAGUAUGCCCCUGCCGAUAACAUCUGUUAUGGACCAGUUUUUACACCCACCCCCAACCUGUGGGAUCUCAAAGGUCGAUGGGCCAAGCUAUGAUAUGCUGGGUGCUUGUGAUAAUGAUCUCAGAGGCUUAUGGACCGGUUUACUCUGCUCAUCAGGUACUGUAAAGAAAGCUCAUUGUGUAGUCAAACUGAGUCCAAUGCUGCCUUCAAUGUUGCAACUGUCACCUUCGGCAUCUUAUCAGAGUGCAUCUCCAAAUUUGGUAUGGGUUAAAGGGGUAUUGAGGCGGGAAAAGAUCUGCCCCACAUGGCUACAUGAGGCCAAGGUUUACACUUGCGUUGGCAUGGUAACAGAUCAUAAGGAUGGUCAUUGUAGCAAGACAAGGAUGUUGUCUGGUUAUUUCCGUAACCUGUUACUGGAUUUAGCAAGACGAAAUUUGCUCCUGAUUGUAGAACUGUGUGACCCCGACAGUGGUCUUCCUGUGACCGCCGCCUUACAGCCCCUUACAUCAUCAUGUGGGGUCCUAAGCGUCGUCUCAUCACAAAUGAUGCUUGCCUUGGAGAAGCUGCUGCUUUGGACUGGGGAAUCCCAUGAGAUCUUUGAAGAAGAGAUCCCCGAUACUCUAGGAAAACUUUUGUUCCCUCAGAGUAGUAAAGGGGAAAGAAGCAAUGAAGGGAUUGUAUUGGCUCAGCGCGUCAUACGCUGCCCUGUGAUGCAGAGUACUUCCAGCACUACCGAAGCAAGACAGUUUGAUUCUGGAGACUUGGAUUCUUGGAAACUUGGCUUGGCCUGUAGCGAAGGAGGGCCACCAAGUUUGGAUGAGAUUCACAGAGAAAGUAAUACAAGCAUUGACAGUCCAAGGCAGGAAAGCAGCUUGAUAAAAAAGCUGAAGGAAUUGUAUUCAACUACAAGCAUACAACCAAGGAAUAGUGGCAGUGGUAGGGGGAAUUAUGUGGAAUCUGCCACAAAAGAGGACCAAGAGGAGAAAACAGACACAGCAAAAACCAUACAGAGAGAAGCCAAGUCCAAGGAACAACAACAAGCGGGCAAUGAAAAGAGUGAGAAGAAUGAAGAAUCCCACAUGGAAAAGCUCAUAAAAUCACUGGAGAAUGGGGAUCAACAUGCUGUUGCAUAUCUCAAGGAAUUAUAUCAGAGGGCAUUAGCAGAGAGCAUAGAUCUCACAGGAUAUAUCAAACAAACUAUGGCUGUUGUGAAGUGGAGAAUUGAGCAGGCCCCAAAUAUGGCCUCCAUCCAGUCUCUCUUAAGUGAGCAUUUACUUCAAGAUAACACUUCCAUUAGAAGCUCAUACGAAGGAUCUGAUGUUAUGGAUAAAGGCAGAAAAGUCAAAGAGUACCAGGUGCAGAUUUUGUUGAGAAUGGAGCUGGCAUUGUUGGUGGAGGAACCCGAGUCAAACUGUGGUCUUGUAAAUGAGGUGGUUGUGAUGUUGAGAGCUAUUUCAUUUGCCAAAGACCCUGGAUUCCUCAGAGAAUUUAUGCAUGAAAUAAUACUGCAGAGGUAUUCAAAUGAUCUACAAAAGUUCCUCUGUGAAGUGUACGAAGGCCUGAUGCAGAAACCACCACAGAUACUACUGUCCCCCUCCCAGCUAAGUGAUGAUGAGUCCCCCCUGAAACGAUGCAUGCCAUCUAUUUCCAAACCAGAGUCAAACCAACCAAGCAGUAACAGUAGCAGUCUUGGGUGCCCCCUGACACGCCGUCGCAGUAUUGCUGAAUUGGGCGGGAAGCGUCGGGAGAUCGUGAUCCCAGGCCGUGCCAAACCCAAGGCCAGCAAAAUCAAGAAAAAGGAUCAUGGCGCCCAUUCAGCACGAGAUAGCAGACCUACAAAGGUGAAAAGCCAAACGACACCAGUGAAACAAGUGCGACGUAACCUGUUUACUGGGGAGGAGGAUCUGGGGGAGGGACGAAAGAGAAACACAAAGAAGGAUAAACAUUCACGAGACAAGAGCAAAUUUAGUCGUCGACACUCUGUGGCAGCUUGUGCAUCCAGUGUUGUACAAGAGACGCCUGCACGCAAGCAGCUACCGAAUGCACUCUGGCAAAGGCAGCAUCGAGCCAGGAAACGAACGAGCACAGCGACUGAGCUCGACAUCGUAAAAGAGUCCCCACUAAAAGAUGUCAUCUCAGCGGAGAACCUCCCUCGCCGAAGCCCCCGCAGACACCCCUUCUUCCAACGGAGCACUUCCUUUUAUGGAUCCACGGCGGCCUCCUGCCCGCUCAAAAGGACUCGCUCCUUCACCGUAAGCAACAGCUGCACAGACUCUCCCAUGAAGCGACUCAAGUUAGACCCCGACACGGAAAGCCCAGCCAAGACACCCACCAAGACGGUCACUGAUACACCUGUUAAGGAGUCACCUGUAAAAUUCUCCCCUACUGGAAAACGGAAGAAGUUCUCUCUCCACGCGUUGUUGAGCCAGCCUCUCGUGCCAAGUCCACCACGACGGAAGAUCCAGAGAAGUCCUGGACGGGUGACAUCAUUGCGCUCGUCGCCAAGGUUGCUGCAAAGGCGCUCGUUCUCUUGUAUUGGCUUCGUAAAUUCAGCCCCGCUUGUUCCGCGUGACGCACUGAAGGGAACGGAUGCAAGAGGCGAGCAGGUGUCAGACGAUGGGACUCAGAUCUGCUCACUUCAGAGGAGUUCGAGUGAUGGGUUUGUUUCCUCUGGGAGUAGAUUACGUAGGGCGCUCCUGCAGUCCCCCAGCCGACCCACACCAAGAAAAAGUAGGAACUCAACUUAUGUAACUUCAACCGAUGUUGAAUCUUCCCAAAGUAUAAUGGUCGAGAAUCGUUCAACGACAUUCACAGAGGAAUCUAUGGUGUUUAGAAGUAAACUACAGAAAGAGCCACUACAGUCGCCAAGAAGACAGUCGCCAAGACUGAAACGAAACUCGGCGAUAGAAACCUAUGAGUCCAGCCCAGCAUCAAGUUCCGCCUUGCUAGACCAGUCGAUGGCUCAUGAAGCGAGUUUGAGAAGAACCCUUCUUCAGUCACCUAGGAGGCAAUCCCCGAGGUUAAAAAGAAAUAGUCCCUGCGAUGACGGCACCACAGGCAGAUAUCUCACCCAGGAUAUGUCCACAGUAGGAAACCGCUCACCAAGGGAGCCAUGUACGAGAAACUCUAGAAGGCAUUUCUUACAGCCCCAAGAAAAACAGCAAGAAUUGAUAGAUUCGGAUCUAGACAUCUACUUUUGCGUCGACCUAGAAAUUGAGAAAGAAUCAGAGAAACAACCCCCUUCUGUGAGCAGAUCUAGGAGCUCUGGUUCUUUCGAGAAGACAAGGAAAUAUUCGGGUAGAAGUAAAACGAUCUCCAACGAGUUUGUUCCUGAGCACUCGCCUGGAAAGAAAGUGCAGUCGUGUGGUGAACCAGUCAUCUCGCCCUGUCCUGAACAGGAUGCUUCCAGUGAAUCCGAGAAAGAUCUCACGAACAAAAGUUUGGAUAGUGCGUUGGAAGGGUUGAAGUCUGACGAGAUUACUCCAGACAGGAAGGCAAGGACACGCUCAGCUGAUCGCAGUCGUCGGUUAAAAAGGCCUAAAUCGAAGGAGUUUCCUACCCCAGAUGUUAAAGAGCUUAGACUAACCCUAGGCUUGAAAUCGAAGGGCGUGAAGGUCGAAGAGUUCGGGUUUCAACACAUUGCGGACGUUCGAAGUACCUUCGCGGAUGUGACCGAGAAUUCUCAAACGAUUACAAGAGAAAGAGGCGGUGAUGACAACUGCAAGAGUUCAUCACUUCAACGCACUGAAGACUUUUCUCCGGCACAGUUUUCUCGGAAAUCUCCUAGAAAAUUGACUUCCUCGAAAGGUUCCCAGCUUCUUCUUAGACCCAGCCAUUCCACGCCACCCUCCAAAAAAACAAAGCGGGGUGUCAGCGGUUCGCCACGAGAUAGCAAGCGCUCAAGUCCCAUUAACCAGCUACUAAAACAGCGCAAGCGCAAUAAGCCCAACUUGAAGACGGCGCAGGUUGAGACAGUCUUCGGGUCCAAUCCGUUGAAAAAGUCAUCACCGAAGAAGAAAACUCACCGGUCUCGCAAGGGGAAGACAAACCGAGGCAUCAGUCUACCUCCACCGUACUUGACCGACGAAUGCUCGCAAGAUAUGAUAGAUGAUUGGCUGUCAGAGCUCGACAAGCAAGAAAAUGCUACGUUCGAGCCUCCGACUAACUUCGACGACUUUGCGAAAUCUUCCGCCGAAUUGCCGAACGUUGUUUCGACUUCCGAUAAAUCUCCGUCGUGUGAUUUGACCAAUCGAGUAAAAGCGGUGGUUUUUGGAAGUACAUCGGGUAAGAAUACGGAAAGUCGGCGAAGUACUCCAAAUACCAGCUUCGAUUCGAGUUUUGAUGAUGAAGAUGAUGUCUUUCAGAGCCCCUCUGACAUUCUUCGUUCUCGUAAAAAGCGACCUAAAAUGGCAACUCGUAUAUCGGAAAAUAGCCUCAAGCUCCUUCAAGAGUCUCCAAUAUUGGCGAACAAAAAAUCAGUUUUCCGACCUUCUCCGAGCUCACAUACGAAAAACUGGGCGGAUUUUUCUCCAUCUGAUAACAUCACGAAGAAGGCCCGAUUGUCAAGACGAAAACGCUCCCAGGCAUUUUCUUCCGAGAGCGAUCAUGACACGAGUAUUAGUGAAUGCACCGAAGGUCAAACACACUCAGAAGAGCGUCUUGGUCGGACAAGGAAACGUUUAAAACUCCAAAACUGAGCUGCUAUUGAAAUUUAUUAUUAUAUAUUGUGUAGUUCCACAAAAAAAACCCAUAUUGCCCCCCUAUUGAGGGGAGGCGGAGGUAUGACCCCCCACCUCUUUGGAACUUCCAACCACCUGGAAAAAAAUAAACACAUUACCUGUUAAGGAAAAAGGGCAUUUUACCCCCCCCCCCUCUCCCCUCUGGAUAUUCCUGGGCGUCUGAGCCCCCCCACCCCCGAAUUUCCAAUCCCCUCAAUGAGAGUAGGGGGGGGGGGGUAUGGAUAUUUUUUUUAACAUAUUUUUUUAUUAAAUUACAGGCGUGACGAAUUACGCGGCUGUACUAAUUUAUAUUAAAUGCUUUUCACAUUUGCUAAGCUUCACAUUGAGCUGAUGCUUAGGUUGUCCACAAAAGGAAUUUCAAUGUUUAAAAUGUCACAUGACUAUAUGCGCAUGUAGAAUAUCGGGUGAUAGUAAUAUCACGCUAAUGGUAUUUUAUCAAUGCAACAUUCUGAUUGGUUGACUUACUUAAAGGGUAUAUGUUAUAAUAAGCGAAAACUGCCCGAUUUGAAAACCCAAUUAUGACAAAAGACAGACAUCGUUUUUACUUUACGAAUUCAUCUAAAAGUAUGAUUAGCUGCUUUUAGGCCUCAUGGUCUUCGACUCAGUCAGGAAGAAUUGUUAAUUAUAUACAGUGGCUGCAAGACGCGAUUAUUCCUUAUAUGGUAAGGACAGCGCGCGCACUCUGAUUGGCUGCUGUGCGGGAGAAAGUUCCUUGUAAUGCAGCAGUUUCUCCCCAGAAAGUGGAUAUAAGGAGUCAUGUGACAUUUCGAACAUUGAGCACAUCUUUUUAAGAUUCUCUGUAUGUAUUUUAUCUUAAAUGUGUAGGUAGAGUAAUUAUUAUUUAGUUUAUAAAGUAAAUUGCUUGGAUUUGUAAAGUACACAAUUGCGAUUUGUUAUA